AUGCCGCAUAAGGCCUCCAGCAAAUUUCUGAGCUUCGGUCAUCUGGCCCGCAACCUGGAGUUCAUGAUCAUCAAGAUGGCACAAAUGGAGACAGUGAUGCAAUUGCAGCAAGCCGAGCUCACCGCUGCACAUACCGAAAUCGAGGCGUUGAAAGCUCAUGUCGGCUUGGACGUCCAGCACGUCGCCAUGGCACAGAAGAAAACUCGGGAUCCCCAUGAAGCAGGCGACGUCCUGAAGAGGGUCCUGGACAAGCACCACCGCCAGCGCAAGACGCGCAACUACGACCCCGAUGCCCACAAGGACCUUGUGGCCGAAAAACGCUCCAACUUUCCGGCACGGGAGAGGAGCAAUCGGCCUCGCGAUGUGGCAAUGCUCCAACGUUGGGACCCAUUGGGUAUUGGCAAGAAAGUGGUGGAGACGGGGGGUGACGUUGGCGAGACAGUGGUAGAGACGGGGGGUGAAGUCGCGGAGGAGGGCGUCGGUACUGUCAGAAAUGCCCUGAGCGGCGACUUGGAAGAUCUUGAGAAUGCGUGGGAGAAGGCGGAAGCAAGGGGAAACGCGGCCCAGGUUAAGUUUAUUCAGGGCACUGUGAUCGACACAGUCGAAAAAGCAUCAGUGAUUCUUGGGGUCCUCCCUGGGGGCUUUACAUUCGAUGGGACCUGCAAUGUAACGGCACCAAGCGCUGCUUUGGAGGGCAGGACCCUGACGAUCAACUUUGGCGGACUCCAUUGCUCGCUGCAAAUUGUCGGUAACAGGGAUGACCUCAUCAAUCAGGACUUUGGCGAAAGAAGCGUCACGUUUCCGGAUCCGCUGGCGUCGUACGAUCCGCUUCAGCACUUGCCCCGGCAGCUGCACCUGGUUGUCGGUGCAGGCGUUGAGGGCGUCGAGAGGGUUUUCGCGAUGAUCCGUGAUCUUCUGGAAGAGGAAGGCUGCAACAGAGCAGACACAUUCCACUGCAUGGCCAAGAAAGUGGCGAACCACCUCUUCGCGCCACCCAGGAAUUUUCUGCCGCAGCAGCUAAAGACUAUUGUCGAUGCUGGCCAGGAGAGCGUCCACAGGGUGUUCAGCAUGAUGACGGAUCUUCUGAACACAGCCCACUGCGAUCGAGGCAACACCUUCGACUGCAUGGCGCAGCAGGUCUUUCACUGGCUGCCCCAGCAGCUGCACACGGUUGUGAAUGCGGGCAACGUGUUCCACUGCAUGGCCAAACUAGUGGCACCCUAUCUCACGGAGAUCGUGCCACCCAUCAAUGGGCUCCCCGAGCAACUGCACACUGUUUUCAAUGUUCUUGCAGGCUCGCCGGUCAACUCCAUCAAGAGCUUAAUGGCUAUGGGGAAUGACCUGAUGCACUGCGAGAACUUCGAGUCCGGCCAAGACGUCACGAAAUGCCUUGGCUUCAAGAUCGUCGAACAGGUGCCUCCCUUGAGCUUCUUGAACAACCUGGGUGAUGUGAUCGGUGAGACCCUGAACACUUUUACAAAGGCGACCACUUCCUUAGCAAUGAAGGCCUUACGGGCCUGCACUUCCCUUGUCCAGAAAGCCAGUGUGUCCGCGUUUCCGCCUGUCGGAAACAUGCCCGUGCGCCACCAGCGGGGCAACCUGGUCGUCGAGAUGCACUCGCAAGAAAUGCAUCCCUCACUCUUGCAGUUCUCUUCGGCAGAGGGGCAAAAGCAGGAAGUCCUUCGCUCGGACGUGUCAGGGAUCAGUUAUGAGGCUGGGGAUGACGUCCACUUCACCAACUUGAUCACGCAGUUUAAUGGCAGGGAGGCCGAUUCUGGCUCUUGCUUGGCUUUUGCUCCCCGGAGCAAGAACGGAGCUCAGGUUGGCAACCACCAGGAGGCGACGAAAGAGGACUGGACGUCGGCAACGAAGGAGGAUUUCGUCCAGCUGGAGCCUUGGGCCGUGCCCUGCGACCUCCCGUGGAUGAAGGAGAACGGGGCUUUCAUCGUUGGUCCACAUGGGCUGCAUGCUGGCAAAUCGCACCAAGCCAGUGUGACAGAGAACUGGAACAAGUGGCAGGGCUACUCCUUCUACACCGGCGGGACGCCUGUCGAGAAGUGCCUGAAAGUUACCUUCUCCCUGAAGAUUGAGGCUGUGGUGGCCACAGUGGUGGGCUUGAGUUUCGAUGUUGUGCCUGAAGAACUCCUCGAGCUGAUCACAACCGUGUGUUGGCCGAACCAGAUGCCGGGCAGCAGUGAGGACAUUAUGCUGUCCGUCCUCCGUACGGAGAUCAGAACCGCCGGCCACCUCCUCUUCCGCGCCACAACGCGGCUCGCAAAGCGUUUCGGGCAUGGUACGUUCUUCGAGCCAAAGAACUGGGGCAAGGGCUUCCAAACACAUGCGUCUUCGAUUUAUGCCGUCCCAUGGGAGAGUGGAACUGCAAUCGAACCCAUGUCGCUUCUGGACAGCAAUCGCAGUGACCAAGUUGAAGGACAUGGCGAAAAGACGGGGUCCUGGUACUGGAGGCCCGAGCCUGAGGAGCUCUACCUGGCUUCCGUCGACUAUGGUGACUCCAUGGAGCCCAAGAAGACCUGGGAGAUGCGAGGGGCAGAUGCCAUGCUUCACUUGAGCGAAAUGCAGGAUGCUCGAAAGCAGGACCAGGAGAAAGCAGUCGAGCUCUUCAACUUGAAGAAGACGGGAGCUGCGAACUUCCACAUCCAAGGCCUCCUCGACGGGAACCGCCUGGAGUUGGGGGUCCAGAUGGGUUUCGGACCUUUCCAGAGCCCAAGUGUAAAGGUACCUGUGGCUGACAUCGGAGUGCAAGUUGCUACGAUCCUUGAAGCAAUCCCCUGGAUGUCUGCCGACACUAAGAAGACAGCCAUUGCAGCUAUAAGAGACUCCUGGCCAGGACGCACCGAGCUAGUUAGGCGCCAACCAGCUGCCCAGUCUUCCAUGGUGGCCUGGUUCAAGAGCGAGGACGCCAACUCAGCUUGGAAAAGCGCGGUGGGCAGCUGGCAGGGUCGCGUGACGAAGGGCAGCGUCACCAGGAAGGUCGAGGCUGGGCACGGAGCUAAAUUUCCGGUCGCAUACCUCACCGGCGACACCAACACUGGAAUAGACUUCGGCCAGAUCAUGAAGCCGGACUUCACCAUUUGCUCCGUCACCCGCUAUGUAGAGGGAGGAGCAAACAAGCGCAUUCUCCAGAACAACCAGCCAAACUGGCUGCACGGACACUGGAUGGGGCGCGUGGGCGUUACGUACUACAACACGUGGGUGAACCACGACGGGCAGCACACGGGCUUGACCGACUGGCUCGUCAUGUGCGGCAACAGCGCAGGGGUUGUCUUCAGGGGCCAGGAGAGGAAGAACAUCGGACAGGAUGCGGCAGUGAAGUCCAACGGAGACUUCCACUUGUUCAUCAACGAGGGCGAGCUUCAAGAGGUGUCGGACUUUGGCGUCAUGGAGGUCAUUGUUUGGAACCGGGCGCUUUCGGAACACGAGAUGUGGACCAGCAUGAAGUACCUGAAUUCGAAGCUUUCUGGUUCUGAGUAG